GCGAGCUCAGAGUGCGCCUGCGCACUGCCCUCCGUCGCUGAGUGAGCCGCAGUCUCUAGAGCACCCAGGUGUCUCGGUCUCCCGCGGCCAGCCUCGCCCGCAAACCCGCUGUUGUUGGGCUGCAUCCCGAGCGGGGACGUUGGCGGAGCCCGGCACGCGGCCACCAUGCCGAUCAAUAAAUCUGAGAAACCAGAAAGCUGCGAUAAUGUGAAGGUUGUUGUUAGGUGCCGGCCCCUCAAUGAGAGAGAGAAGUCAAUGUGCUAUAGACAGGCUGUCAGCGUCGACGAGAUGAGGGGAACGAUCACCGUCCAUAAGACUGAUUCUUCCAACGAACCUCCAAAGACGUUUACUUUUGAUACUGUUUUUGGACCAGAAAGUAAACAACUUGAUGUAUAUAACUUAACUGCAAGACCUAUUAUUGAUUCCGUUCUGGAAGGCUACAAUGGGACCAUUUUUGCAUAUGGACAGACUGGCACAGGCAAGACUUUCACCAUGGAAGGUGUACGCGCUGUGCCGGGGCUCAGAGGGGUCAUCCCCAACUCAUUUGCUCACAUAUUUGGUCACAUUGCAAAAGCAGAAGGUGACACAAGGUUUUUGGUUCGAGUGUCAUACUUGGAGAUAUAUAAUGAAGAAGUCCGAGACCUUUUGGGAAAGGAUCAGACACAGCGGUUGGAGGUUAAAGAAAGGCCUGAUGUGGGAGUAUAUAUCAAAGAUUUAUCAGCUUAUGUGGUCAAUAAUGCUGAUGAUAUGGAUAGAAUCAUGACGCUAGGCCACAAAAAUCGUUCUGUUGGUGCAACUAACAUGAAUGAGCAUAGUUCGAGAUCCCACGCCAUCUUUACAAUUACUAUAGAAUGUAGUGAGAAAGGUGUUGAUGGAAACAUGCAUGUCAGGAUGGGGAAGCUCCACCUGGUGGAUCUUGCUGGGUCAGAAAGACAAGCGAAAACUGGAGCCACAGGACAGCGCCUCAAGGAAGCAACAAAAAUCAACCUUUCCCUCUCCACCCUGGGCAACGUCAUUUCUGCCUUGGUGGAUGGAAAAAGCACACAUGUGCCGUAUCGGAACUCUAAACUGACACGUCUGCUGCAGGAUUCCUUAGGAGGGAACUCAAAAACCAUGAUGUGUGCAAAUAUUGGGCCAGCAGAUUAUAAUUACGAUGAGACCAUCAGCACCUUGCGCUAUGCCAACCGUGCCAAGAACAUUAAAAACAAAGCAAGAAUUAACGAAGACCCAAAGGAUGCUCUGCUUCGUCAGUUUCAGAAAGAAAUAGAAGAGCUGAAGAAAAAGCUUGAGGAAGGGGAGGAAGUCUCAGGCUCUGAUGUCAGUGGUUCAGAGGAGGAUGACAAUGAGGAGGGUGAGCUUGGAGAAGAUGGAGAAAAAAGGAAGAAGAGAAGGGAUCAAGCAGGUAAAAAGAAAGUUUCCCCAGAUAAGAUGGUGGAAAUGCAAGCGAAAAUUGAUGAGGAGAGAAAAGCAUUGGAAACAAAACUUGACAUGGAAGAAGAAGAAAGAAACAAGGCUAGAGCUGAACUGGAGAGACGGGAGAAGGACCUUCUGAAAGCCCAACAAGAGCAUCAGUCUUUGCUGGAAAAGCUGUCUGCUUUGGAGAAGAAAGUCAUUGUCGGUGGUGUGGACUUGUUGGCCAAAGCUGAGGAGCAAGAGAAGCUUCUUGAGGAGUCCAAUAUGGAGCUGGAGGAGAGGAGGAAGAGAGCUGAGCAACUUCGGAAAGAACUGGAGGAAAAAGAGCAAGAACGUUUGGACAUUGAGGAAAAAUAUACCAGUCUACAAGAGGAGGCUCAGGGGAAGACCAAGAAAUUAAAGAAAGUCUGGACCAUGCUGAUGGCUGCAAAGUCAGAGAUGGCUGAUCUUCAGCAAGAGCAUCAGAGGGAAAUUGAAGGCCUCCUGGAGAACAUUCGGCAGCUCAGCCGUGAGCUUCGGCUUCAGAUGCUUAUUAUUGAUAACUUCAUACCUCAGGACUACCAGGAAAUGAUUGAAAACUAUGUCCAUUGGAAUGAAGACAUAGGAGAAUGGCAGCUAAAAUGUGUGGCCUACACAGGAAACAACAUGAGGAAACAAACUCCAGUGCCUGACAAGAAGGAGAGAGACCCUUUUGAAGUAGACCUUUCCCAUGUGUACCUUGCCUAUACAGAGGAGAGUCUGCGUCAGUCUUUGAUGAAGUUAGAAAGGCCACGGACCUCCAAGGGGAAAGCAAGGCCAAAGACUGGGAGAAGAAAGCGUUCUGCAAAGCCUGAGACCGUAAUUGAUUCUUUACUUCAAUAAAUGUUACAGAAUUAAGGUUAUAAUAAAAAAUAGUGAUAUUCUCA